GCUCCCCACGCACCAAGAACCGAGACUACUAAUAGGGCGUAGUUUAACCUUUCAGCGUUACUUUAGAUGCUCAAAGUCUCAGACUGAGAGGACUCGCCUGCAGCACUCUUCAUCCUAAAUAUUGUUGAUGAUUUCAGUGAGAUUAUCCGACAUUGAUUUAGCCUAAUAAGCCGAUCCCGCGACUCCGCGAACUCCAUCCAGAUUUUUGACAAUUUAACCGCGCGAGAAAAAGCCACCUAUCGUAGGGUAAAUAAGUGUCGUCAAGGGGGCCAUGGUGGUGCUUGCGACUGUUGCGGGUAUUUUGAUUGCGGGGUAGCAAUUGAACCCCUCCACUGACUGACUUACGUAUAUGAAGCUCAAGCUCCUGCGAAACACUGCAACUCUCCUUCAACAAUCGACCAUCUUACCUUGUCUUCCGCGCCGCUUUAUUCCAACAAAAGAGAGAAUAAGAAAAGAGAAAGCAAAAUGGGCGACCACACAUCCGUCAAGUUCCUCAACCUCGCCGCCAUCAUCCAGGAAUUCAACGUGGAUGGGCAGAACAUCGUCCAGGGAUUCACGAAGAAGGAACACUAUGAGGCACACAACAAGCCCUGGUUCGGUGCGACGAUUGGCCGCGUUGCGAACCGUAUCAAGGGCGGUGUCAUCAGCAACCUCAACGGUCGCGAGUAUAAGCUCGAGACGAACAAUGGCGCGAAUGCGCUGCAUGGUGGGAGUCAGGGAUUCGGAAGACUGGAGUUUGACGGGCCGACGGUUGUGAAGCGCGAUGGGAGAACUGCGUUGAAGUAUACUCUUUUGAGUCCUGAUGGUGACCAGGGGUAUCCUGGCGCUGUGGAACUGAGGGUCUACUACGUUGUUAGUGAGGUGGUGGAGGACGGAAUCUCGCGGUCGAUCUUAGAUAUCGAGUAUGAGGCUGAGCUUGUCGGAGGUGACGUUGAGGAGACUGUUGUCAAUAUCACAAACCACAGGUAUGUCUUUUUGUCCACCUUUCAUGAUAAAGACAAUGCUAACAAGCAGCUGCGCAGCUACUUCAACCUCAGCGGCAGCCCCAGCGCCGCAGAAGGAACCAUCGCGAAGCUCGCAACACGAGACUACCUCCCCCUCGACAACGGCAUCCCUCUCGGCCCAAUUGAGCAGCACCCAAUCGACACGACGCAGCCCUUCGAGUUCGGGCCCAACACCGCCUUCGACGACUGCUUCGUCAUCGACCGCGACCAGACAGACGUGAAGAUCGACACACGCAGCCGACCUCUGAAGCUGCUCGCCGAGUUCCGACACUCGGAAUCCGGCAUCAACCUGCAGGUGUCCAGCACCGACCCGGCUUUCCAGUUCUACACGGGCGCGUUCAUCGAUGUGCCCGAGGCGGACGCGGAGAACCCUGCUCGCGGUCCGUUCUCCGGGUUCUGUAUCGAGCCGAGUCGGUAUGUCAACGCGAUCAACGAGCCUGAGUGGCGACACACGGUGGUCCUGAAGAAAGGGGAGAAGUAUGGAAGCAAGGUCCAGUACAAGGGCUGGAGGGAUUAGCUGGAUUGAAGCUUAGGCUGUGUGCUAUACUCGAGUUUUAGUGCAAAGUAUGUUCAAGUGAAGUCUACCAUACCUUGCAGUAUCUCAGCCAGUACACUGUAUGCUUGUAGUAGCACAUAUCGCCUAAGCUGCUAGGCGCUUGAGCUUCUCGUAGUUUCAAGCUGUGCCGUUUCUACCGACUUCAUCAAAACCGAGGUUGACUGCUGUCAUGAUCCGUUAACUCAGAGCGGGCCAGCUCCACCGCGAAAAUUCUUUAGAGUCAGCAUAUCCACCCUCGAUACAAUCACUCAUCUGAAACCGAAUCAGGGUAGCCUCGGCCACAUAUGAAGUGGACACGGACAUACAGUAACUCAGGUGCCAGCUACGUAAUACGUAUGUGGCACCGGUUCCUGAGCGCCAAGGCUUCUCGAAGCCCAGCAACCAUUCUAGCCUCGGACGAAGUCGAGAAUUGUAAAAUACAA